AUGGCGCGGCCUGGUGCUGAACGUGAACGUGCACCACGCCUUGCAAGUGGGCCUUUGGAUGCAGACGGAGAUAGCGAAUUGUCUGAGCUGAUCCAAGCCCUCAAGAGUGCUAUCCUAGACAAAAACGCGCAGACCUUAAUCGACGAACAGUCCACCUUCGUGAAGGAAGUGGCCGAUCAGCUUCGUCCUGCAUGCCAAAAAGCAUGCCAAAUUGACCCUUUGGCCAUCUACCUCAUCCGAUUCAACAACAAGAAUGAAAAGCAAGAUGAGAUUGACAGACUCGAUGAAAUGUGUCACGAAAGGUUUGGAGACUGGCGGGAGGAGGCAUUCUUUUUGCGCAAGCUUGAGGCAAGCAAUGAGAGCGAGAGGGAAGUCAUCCAGGAUCAUUUGAACAAGUACUGCAAGGACGAGCAGCCAGAGGUUCGAGAUAUGUGGAUGCAAGUUCUUUUGAAGAAAGGAACCUCGAUAUCCUCCCAAGCUUAUCCGCGCUGGCUCAUGCAAAAGUCAGACUUAGCACAGGCGAUCAUUUUCCUGGAAAGCCCCAUCAAGUUGCAGAAAGACUGUUUGGUUGCCUCAAAACCAUACUAUGAGAUGGGAGAGGAGUUUCAAGACUUGCUCAGCAGCCUCGUGAGCGAAAUGUGGUGCUUCGACCCCAAGGAGUUUCGGUUCCAAAAGGAUCCCAGUGUGGCGGAUCGCAGGCGAAAGCGCAAAGAGAGGAAGAGCAAGUUCGAACCGAAGCAUCGUGGAUUUGAAGGAGUUCCCUUGCCAAUGCCCUAUCCUCCCAGCUUGUGGAAUGAGAUUGGCUGGAGCGUCCCCUGGCCGGGCUUGCCUAUGGAUGGCUAUUCGAUGCCUUUGGGAUCAGAGAUGAUCUUUCCCGCCAUGCAAGGGCCCAUAGGGCCGUCCGGGUGGCCCCUGCCGCUGUCGCCUCUAGACAUGAUGGGUUCAUUGUCCUAUGCGUACCCAGAUGAGGCAACCCUUCCACAUGAUUUGGAGAGUCCUCCACAGGACGAAGAGAAGGAAGAGGAGAAAGAACAAGAAGAGGAAGAGAAGGAAGUGGAAGAGAAAGGCGUUUUGUUGAAACUUAAGCUGCAGAAGCCUGAUGGGAAAUUUGAAGUCCUUGAUGCGUUCGAGGAGACAUGGCCAGUGGUGAGCAAGAUUGUUGCCGACUUCCGCCACCGCUACCGUAUCCCACCCGAGUCAGUUUUUGAGUACAAGGACGAGGAUGGUGAGAAAACCACCUUUCAGAAGAGCAGUUGGACUGAGGCCCUGGACCUCAAAGAUAAAAACUCCGUUUUGAAGUUGUGGUUGAGCAAUGCGAACGAGGGGGUCAGCUCAGGAGACCCUGAGGGGGUCAGCUCGGUCACGUCCGAUAUGCCCGUAGAGUAUCUCAAAGUGAAAAACACUUUUCUGGAGUUUGAUCCGGAAACUCCACAAAAUCUCUUCGAGCAUUUGAACGCGCCGGCAAAAGUUUGUCUCAGAACCAAUAGUGGCUGUGAGGCUUCGCCGGCUGCGCCCACAGCGGGGUAG